CAUGUCUCCACUUUUUGCUGAGUGCAUGCUGGGAUAGCAGAAUAUAGUCCAUAUCGCUAACACUGAAUAGGAGGAACAUUCACCAAAAACAGACAUUGAUGUUAAAUAUGUGAGACAUCACCAUGCAGGCCUGUUGACAGUGAGGUCUCUUAGUUCAAAUGUCUCUGGGGGAUUGUGUAUGGAACAUAUCACUGGGCAGCAUGGGAACAGCCAGACUCAGUCUGGGAAAGGAAGCAGGCUGUCCAUUACUGUUGCCCAAUCUAAUUACUGUAGCUCUAACUUGCAUUGAUAACAAACUGGAUCAGAGCAGCACAGAAGCGUUUUGUGACCAUACAGUUGUGCAUCUGUUAGCUGACUGGUACAUUAAGGAUUUGCAGCGUCUCUGUCACUGGUUCUAUUCAAGAUAAAUUUUACCCGGGGUCUACAAGGGGCAAACAUAAAAGCUGAGUUCAGACAGUCGUCUAUAGUCACACAUUGUUCUAUGGCUUUUCCUGUUCCUGCGAUGGCGCUGACUGCUUACUUGCUGGCACUUAUCUUCUUCUGCACCGGAAUGGCUGAAAAAUCUGUUGUUCCACCAUGUGACCAGCACAUGUUUGAUAGCAAAGUCAACCACUGUCUGUCUGAGUUCAACCUGAGCAUGGAGGCUAGUGACUAUCAGGACAGGUGUCCGUGGCCUGGAGUGAAAAGCACCUACAAUCAACUGAUGUUCUGCGUGGACAAGUGGGCCAAAGUGGGUUGGUGUAAGGGUUAUGGGUUUCUGGUCGACAAAGUUUUCUUGGAGGUUCAUCAAACAUAUUUCUCACUCUGUGGACGGGUCCAUGACCCCCCAUUCACCACUCUUAUUAUGUUAAUAGCACCUGCUAUCAUUGUCACAUUCUUAAUGCCCCUUCUGUGUGUUAGGCUUACCACCUGGAACACGUAGAUGCCCAGCACUUUAGGUCUCUGAUGUAACGAGCUGACAAAGAAAGACUAGUAAUUUUUAACCUGGGUCUCAGCCCGUUCAGACACGUGCUAGCUCUGGUAAAGAGACUGAGGUAAAUCAACCGUAUGUCAUGUUAAUACCAAGAAACAGUUUUAAAUAAACACUUUACGGAGACAUUUUAAGUCUACUUAACAUAAUAACUCAUACAGUUAUGUUUACAUCUACAGAUGUCAGGUAAACACAGAUGUCAGUGGUCAAGUAAAUGCAAUACCACAGUGUAAAAUACUCUACAAGUACAAGUCCUGCAUUCAGUAUGUAAAAGUACAAAAGCAUUAGCCACAAAAUAUACUUGAAAUACCAAAAGUAAAAGUAUUCAUACAAAAUUUAAUAUUGCAUCUGGUAAAAGUAAACCUAUAUUAAAACCUUACUGUAUAUGCUUAUAAUCCUAAUUACUGCCAGGAUCAGUAAAGUCUUACUGUAUGAUUGUACUGUAUUUUGCUUUAUUCAUCUGAUUCUGAA